AAAUAAUAGCAAAUAUAAUUCUGAUAUUGAAUACAUCUUUGAUAAUAAUAUUCAAGAAGAGGUUGAAUCUUCUACUAGUAUACCUAGACAAAAAGCUGUAGAAGAACCUGCAGAAGAACCAGAUACAAAAAACAUUCAUAUAAAUUUUUUUAAUCCGAAUAAGUCUAGAAAGAAGUCAUAUGUCUAG